GCCGAUAAAAUGCUGCUGAUGGAUAGUUAGUCUCAUAUAGUCAGUCUUCCACAGUCUCUGCUCGCUCGCGGUGCCAAAAUAAUGUGCCACUUGUCUGCUAAGUGCGACAUAGCAUUGAAGUUUACUUUUUAUAUCAGCUGAUGCAGCUGGACGCCUUCACGUGUACCUUCUGUCGUGUUAACUGUUUACAGAUGGAUAUAUUGACAAAUACCCACACAAGCUACUGAAGUGGGGCAGUAUAAAACCCUGUGAUGCCAAACUGGGACUAAACCCUAGUUGACAGUUUUUCACGCUGUAAUGUUUUGCAUAGCAACAGCCCCUCCCCCAUCCGACUGUCAGGGAUCAUCUGCAAGUUACCAAGAAGAGACAAAAACGUAAACAUCCCAAUGCUCAGAUUUAAGCUGCCAAAAAAAAAACUCGAAAUACCAGUAGCUUUCGUGUUGGUGGCGUUAUAGUACACACCCUGAUUUACGUGUGCGCAAAUACAGACGAAUCAGUGUAUUUUAAUUUUCUGUGCGCCACUGAAGUGGUUAACUCUAUACCCGGAAAGGGCGAAGUCUGCACAGCAACAAGCGCCAUGAUUGCGUUGCACUGUGCGUCUCAGCAGCUGGACACCAUGGAGCAGCUAGAAGAGGAACUUACAUGCCCAAUCUGCUGCGGUCUUUUCGAGGACCCGCGGGUUUUGCUGUGCUCACACAGCUUUUGCAAGAAAUGCUUGGAGGGACUCUUGGAGGGGAACCGAGGUCCAGCUUUCAGAACACCUUUCAAAUGCCCCACAUGUCGCAAAGAGACUCCUCACAACGGCGCAAACAGUCUACAGAUCAACUACUCUCUACGCGGAAUAGUGGAGAAGUACAGCAAAAUAAGGGUUAUGCCUAAAAUGUCUGUUUGUAAACAACACAGCGGUCAGCCUCUAAACAUAUUUUGCGCCACGGACUUAAAACUCAUUUGUGGGUUUUGCGCAACAACAGAUGACCACAAAGGGCAUACAUUCUGCUCCUUGGAGGAGGCAUAUGAACGAGAGAAGGGGGCGUUUGAAGAGCUGCUUCACGGGGUGCAGAGCUGGCAGAGCGCAGAUAUCCUGUCCUGCCUGGAGACACUACAAGCCAGUAAGAAAAAGGCGCUUCAGUCGGUGACCAAGGACGCCGAAAAGGUAACAGACUAUUUCGACAAACUCAUCAGUUCCAUUGAAUGCAAAAAGAACGAGAUCCUCUCCGAUUUCGAAACACUAAAGCUGGUGGUGAUGCAAGCAUACGAUCCGGAGAUCACCAAACUGAGUGCAGCGAUGGAGGAGCAGAGACGGGCGCUCAGCAUCGCUGAGUCUUUCAGGAGCGUCACCGACCCCCUGUGCUUUCUGCAGCAGAUGCAGGAGUUUCGGGAGAAGUUUAGGGUCCUUAAGGAGACUCCACUGCCCUCUCGGAGCGACAUGGACGUCGGUCCCCUUGUGCGCAAUUUCGAUGUUAAAAAGUGGGACUCACUGCGGCUCAGAGAAGUGGACAAGAUCUCAGUCCCCCACGAUAGUGGCUCCUACCGAGCGGGGGGCUCACGGAUGGCAGCGCCCAUAUGGAUCACCUUAUUUAUGAGUGUGUUACUGUCAACACUGCUCCUGCUGCAGCCGCACAACCCUGCAGCCUACGUGCCAUUGCAGAUUGAACCAUUUCUCGCUACAGUUUCCUCGCACCUUACCCAUACUGGUGUGUACCUACAGGAAAUGACUGACAAGUACACGAGUUUAAUGGGUGCAGGUCAGGAAUGUAUCAUGAACUUAAUUGACUCUGCAGUCAAUUUUAUUGGCAGUUGUAAGUUGUUUUAAUUACUAGCCUGUGGCAUCUCUGCCAUGUAUUCACAGCUACAAAUAGUUAUCCAAGUGACCUCUGAGGUGCAUUAAACUAGUGACAGAUAUGCACCAGAAUAUAUGAAAACACUUGUUUACCUGAUUGUUUACCAUGUCUUUCGUUUUUGCCUUUUUGCCUACGAUCAAACCCCAUGAAGCUAUAGAAUCAAUCUUUAAUCCACAGAGGUUGUAGCCUACAUUUACAUCAGAUAGAUGCUAACCUAUAUUUCUUUCCACGAAUGUGCCAUCUAUUUUCUCUUAUGACAAAUUUAUACUUGUCCAAGACGAUCUUGAUAAAUAAAACUGAGAAAUUUAAGUCA